CAGCCGGAGUGAUUAUGUCCAAUGGUGCGGUGAGGGGGUGAGGCCUGUGUUCUAUAAGAACCAGAUCAUCACUUAGAUCAGACAUAACUUCAGCCACUCCAACAGCCUUUAGGUCUCCGUACCACCCAACGAGGGCACCUGCUGCGCAAUUAGCGUUGACUCACACAGAUUUUGACAUUUACCCAGGCAAGCGGCAAAGAUAAAGAUCUGACUUAUUUAGACUGCCACGGUAGAUUUGUGCUCCAGCGGUACUGCACACGGUAUCUAGCAGAGAGAGCCGAGGUGUCAUUAUGGCGACGAGGCUCAGCUUGGUCUCCCCUACGUGCGCUCUCCUAUGCCUCGCCACAUGGAUGGGCUCUGUCUAUACAACCCAUGGACCGGUGGACAGCUGCUGUGAGAACUGGAGUAACACCACAGUCAGCGUGGACAAGAUCGUGAACUACACCAUCCAGUCUGUGGCACGCUGUUCCAUCCCGGCUGUGGUGUUUAUAACCAAGCAGGACAGGACGAUCUGCUCCAACCCUGCCAGAUGCUGGGCCAAAAAGGCCAUGAGAAAGGUGGACAAAGAGAAUGAGGUGGCUCCUGCGGAGAAGAAGGAAGAGGGCAAGAGAAACAAAGACGCCGGCGGCCUACCAGAGGGCAGCGGACUCCCAGAGUGCACACAGAGGAGGAGAGGCACAAGGGAAAGAAUGGGACAGGGGAUCAGGCCGCAAGGGAGGAAACGGAAAGGACUCCGUGUUUAAAUCACAAAGAAGAACAAGGCGAGGAAGCCUGUCGAACUCUGCACAGCGGAUAUUGCUCCCGCCAAACGCAUUUAUUUGUCCUGUUUGUGCCACAUCGGAGCCAACAAACCUGACAAAAUUUACACAGCUUCAUAUUUUUGCUUCCAUUAGUCAAUAUAUCCUAUGAAUUCUGAUAUAUAUUAAAAAAAAACAUACCCUGUCUUUAGAUAUAUGUGUGUUCUACGUCAUUGGCCAAUAAAA